AUGGCUGUUUCUCCUGAGCAAGUCAAGGUUCUCCUGGAAUGGUGUAUAACCCACAACGUUGUAAUCGAUUCACGAUUACACCUACGCCCCGGACCUACGGGAAUUGGGGUGCACUCUGGAAGGCACCUCAUACACCCACACCAAACGCUCGUGAAGAUCCCGAAGGACUCCGUUCUGUCCGUCCGUAAUUGCUCGUUGGCGGGUUCCAUUCCAUUCGCCCCGUACGGACUAGAUGCGCAGCUCUCUCUCGCUCUCGCGCUCUUCGUGGAGCUGCUAAACGGACGUCAAUCGAGAUGGUAUGGGUAUCUGCAGUCGUUACCUAAUCCCCUCGUCGAUCUGCCGAUGUUCUGGGAUCGCAGGUUGGGCACCAAUGACGACGACUGCGAGGAUGGCUCAGAGGCGCUGUCUUGGCUAUCCAAGACGGAGGUAGCGAAGAUACUUGAUGAGCGGACGGAACAUGGCUCGACGAAACUGGACGAAGUGACUCGGUUCUAUGAUCAAUUUGCUGAGCCUCUACUCGUACGCAGUCGAUAUUCGCCAACUUUGAUGGGUUUCUACCGUGCAUUUUCGUUGGUAUCAUCAAGGGCAUUUCUUGUUGACGCGUAUCAUGGUUUGUCCAUGGUUCCGAUAGCGGAUGCAUUCAAUCAUGUUAUCGAGCAUCACGUCCACCUCGAGAGCGACUACGGCGUAUGUCCAGAAUGUGGUUCUCUCCAGGAGUGCCCGCAUGACCGUGAAGAUGGUGGGGCUCGAGAAUCAACGGACGUCGAGCACGACAGAGACCAUGAUCUAUUCUAUGAGAUGGUCUCUAACACUGCCAUACCGCCUCACACUGAAGUCUACAACACCUACGGAGAAGAGUUGACUAAUGCUCAGCUCCUGACUCAGUACGGGUUCAUAUUGGAUGUUGACGAGAAUGAUCGUCUGUCCUGGUCGUUGGAUGCAGUGCUGCAAUUUUUUCCCUCUGGCGACGCGGAACACCUCAUGGAGAAGACUCGACGGAUCUCUUCACUGUUAUCGGAGGAGGCCUCUACAUAUGCGCAGUCCGAUUUGACGUAUCAUGAUCCAACCAAAAAUAUCACCUUUUGCAUCAACGAUGAAGGCAAAGUAUCCCAUCAGCUUUGGGCUCUCCUGUUCUCGUUAGCUACUCAAUCGCUGUGCGAAACUCAGAUCCAUGAAACCCUACGAUCGACAUUGGAUUUCCAGCUAGACCUUGAAGACUUGGAGCACGACGAUGACGAGACCGAAAGCGACGGGAUAGCUAAUAACCUUGAUCAACAGGAUCUGAAUGAUGAUCAACAUGCCCCGUUAGAUGUCCUCCUGUCUGUGGCUCGUUCCGUCGUGGUUCUAUGCACCGCUCGCAAGCGGAACAGUGAAAAGCAAGGAUCCGCUGCGACGGAUUUGAAUGCUUUGAUCGAGGAACUACCGGAGGGCAGGACACGGACUAGGCUGGCAGUGUCUAUAUUGCUCAGCGAACGAUCUAUUUUAGACUGUUGUGAGGCGGGAUGGACGGCGUUGCUCAACUCUGCUGGACGUCUUGGAUAUAAUUCUAGACCGGGGGGUUGA